CUGGAGAGAUGCAAGGUGCAAUUGAUCGCUUUGAAACAGAGUACAAAAGCACUAAAAAAGGUUGGGACUUGGGAGCAAAAGCAAAGUGGGAUGAAAUGAUUAAGAUGCGAACUGAGACAACUCAACCUGAUGGAACUCGGACAAUGACAGAUGAUGAAAUUUGUGCAAAAGUCCUCGGAGUCAAAUCAGGCUACAUCAAGGGUUGUUGUUUUGGCCCUAGACCUCCACCAUCAAGAGUCUCUCAUUCGUCGAUAAAUGAAAUGUCUGAAAAGAACAAAGUGUUGCAAGAACAGCUUCAAGAGACCCAACACCUUGUAGGGACUCAACAACAAAAGAUUGAUGCACAAAAUGAGGUGAUCCAAAGAUUGGAGGAGCAAGCCAAAAAGUUUGAGGAGUUCAUGGCUAACUUUUCCAGGCAACAUCCAUCAAGUUAGUAUCUUUAUUAGAGAACUUAAACAUGGAGAAAUAAUUUUUUAGAUCAUCUUGAUUUUGUUAUUGGUUUUAGACUAUUUUUGUUACUCCUUAUGUUAGGAAACACUUUGAUUGUUACUUUGGUUUUAUUAUUAUGAGAUUUAUUAUUGGUUUGACUAUUUCAAUUAGUUUUAAAUAUUUUCAUGUAAUAUGGUAGAGAACAAUCGGUGACAAAACCAUAUGUAUUGUCAACAUUUUCCUCGUAAUAAGCAAUCAAUUGUAACGAAAAAGA